CCUAAAACAUUCUCAACUCUUUGUUCUUUACGGACAAAAAAAUCCCAAGAGGAAAAAACUUGUCUUUUACCACUUAGCUUUUCGAUUACUUCUAAGAUACCAUGCAUGAAACUUGUAGCACAAAAUUACCACUUUUCUUUAGACAAAAAAACCCAUCUUUGAUUGUUCAGUUCUAUAACAAAGCUUCAUAAUCUUCUCUUCUAAUAUCCUUUUCUUUGUUAAAUUUUCUUAGUCAGCUCCGUCCAUUGCCUAACUAUAAAAACACUUCACUACCCAUUACUCUGUUCCAACCCUUCUCAAAUCAACACAUCAAAAAUUAUAUAAAAAAAAAAAAAUGGCGGCUUUCUCAUUAUCAGCUUCCUAUACCAUAAGAUGCUCUUCUAAUAGGGAUAAUCAUCAAGACCCAAAUGUUCAAAAGUUGAAUAACAUCAAAAUCAAUGGAAGGUCAGGCUCUCAGACUGAUAUACUUAACCAAAAAGUUGGUGCUUUGUCAAGCUCGUCUUCUUUGACUUUUGUUACCAAAAAUGAGCCUGUCAUUGCUGAGAGAACUCGACAGAAUAUCCCAACAAAGAAGCAAUUAGUAGACCCUUUUCGUCAAGGGCUCAUGAUCGAAGGAGGAGUAGGGUACAGACAGACUGUUGUUGUUAGAUCUUAUGAAGUUGGUCCUGAUAAAACUGCAACCUUGGAGAGCAUCCUUAAUCUUCUUCAGGAAACAGCAUUAAAUCAUGUAUGGAUAUCAGGGCUCCUCAGUGAUGGUUUUGGUGCCACACAUGGAAUGAUGAGAAACAAUCUCAUAUGGGUUGUUUCAAGAAUGCAAGUUCAGAUUGAUCAGUAUCCAAUCUGGGGAGAGAUAGUAGAAAUCGACACAUGGGUUGGAGCAUCAGGGAAGAAUGGAAUGCAGCGAGACUGGUUGAUUCGAAGUCAAGCCACUGGCCAUAUUUUAGCACGCGGAACCAGCACAUGGGUGAUGAUGAACCGAAAAACAAGGCGCCUCUCGAAGAUGCCAGAAGAGGUGAGGGAUGAGAUUUCACCUUGGUUUAUUGAGAAGAAAGCCAUCAAAGAAGAUGUCAUUGAGAAAAUUGUCAAGUUGGAUGAUAAAGCAAAGUACAUGAACACCAACUUGAAGCCCAAGAGAAGUGAUUUGGACAUGAAUCACCAUGUAAACAAUGUCAAGUAUGUGAGAUGGAUGCUUGAGGCCAUACCAGAUGCUAUUUUGGAGUCUCACCAACUAUCUGAAAUCACCCUAGAAUACAGGAAGGAAUGUGGGAGUACAGAUAUAGUUCAAUCACUUUGUCAACCUGAUGAAGAUGGAGGUUUACUUAACAAUGGAGUGAACCAAGAUAUUAAUCAUAUCAAUCUACUCAAUACUUUAGCUACUGAAUUCAUCAAAAACAAUGGACUCAUGGGGUCUUUUGAGAUAGGGCCAUUAAGGUAUACUCAUCUCCUUCAAACUAAAGGUGAUUCUAAAAGUGAAGAGAUUGUUAGAGGGAGGACCAAAUGGAAGAAAAAGCUUCCAUUUUCUACCUGACAAAGCCUAUUGAAGUACUUCAGAAGGUCUUCCAAGCUCAUCCACUGUCAUGACACACUCACCCUACAUUGGGGUGGCCUUGAAAUAAUCAGUUAAGGAAAAAAACAAAAGAAAAUCCUGAUGUGAAGGUUCUAUAUUCUGACUCUGAUUAAUACAGAAUUGGGUGAAGGUUCUAAUAAAUAUUUCAAAGGUAUGAUGAAGAACAGUUCUUAAAAGGGUGUGAACCAGAUAACUGAAAUUGGGUUCUGUUCCAAGUGGAAUGAAUAAUAACUAGUGUCUGAUAUGUGUUGGUGAGUUGAUUGUGAUGAAGAAAUAUUUAGCUCUAGCCUCUAGGGUUGGUUACCAACAAAAUGGGGUAUCUUUAAAAGAAGAGGUUGACUUGACAUGGCCUAUCUGAAUCUUUAUUGUCAUAUUAAGAAUUGUUUGG